AUGGCGGUCCCUUUAUCUAUAUCUAAUGGCACGCCAAGAAAGCUUCCUGGACCUCAGUUGCUCCAUGAACUGGUCCCCCGUCAAGGAAAGGAUGGCGCAGUGGCCAUCGAACAUACCAACGAAGACGGCAGAACAUCACUAUUGGAUUACGACACAUUUCACACCCAAACCGAUGCCCUUGCACGGCGAAUCACCUCGACUAUCAAGCGUUCAGCGACACAUAGCAAGCGAUUGAUCAUUCCCAUAUUGAUACCCCAAAGUCCGGAGCUGUACAUAUCGCAACUGGCAACACUUAAAGCUGGUGGUGCCUUCUGCCCCAUCGUUCUAGAUGUGCCAGAGGACAGAUUACGAUUCAUCUUGGCGGACGUGAGCGCAACAGUCCUUCUCACGAUUUUUACUUUCAGACAACAAUUACCCGAUCUGGAAGAUGUACGAAUCAUCGAAGUCGACGAUGUUGGCGAUGAUACUGAAGACGUUGCCGGCACCAAUCUUCCGUCGGUCACGCCUCAAGAUCCAGCAUAUAUAAUGUAUACAAGUGGCUCGACCGGCCAACCCAAGGGGGUGGUACUCUCACAUUCAGCGGCGACGCAGGCGUUGCUCGCGCACGACUUGCACAUACCGAACUUCUCUCGAUUUCUACAAUUCGCCAGUCCGACCUUCGACGUCUCGGUCUUCGAAAUCUUCUUCCCGUGGUUCCGCGGCCAGACUCUGAUCAGUUGCGACAGGCGGCGGCUACUGAACGAUCUGCCUCUAGCUAUCAACGAGCUGGAUGUAGAUGCUUGCGAGCUCACGCCUUCGGUGGCGAGUAGCCUUCUCCGCGGCCGAGCCAGCGUGCCUUCUCUGAAAGUCCUGCUCACUAUUGGCGAGAUGCUCAAACCCUCGGUGGUGGAAGAAUUCGGCGGUAACACAGACGAGCCAGCUGUACUACAUGGAAUGUAUGGUCCGACCGAGGCCACCAUACAUUGUACUUUGCAGACGCAUUUCCCGAAGGACAAGUCCUGUAACGCGAUUGGUGUUCCGCUAGAGACCGUCUCAGCAUUUGUCAUCAAAGUGUCUACAGAGUCAGAAUCAACGAAGGCACCCGCUAUUGAGAUCUUGCCCAUUGGGGAAGAAGGAGAACUCGCUGUAGGUGGAUAUCAGAUCGCAGACGGCUAUUUGAAUCGAGAUGAGCAGACUCGAUCUGUAUUCGUACCACACGCGGACCACGGCAUCAUGUACCGGACUGGUGAUCGCGCCAAGAUGCUGCCAGAUGGUAGCUUGGAGUGCCUAGGACGCAUUUCCAGUGGACAAGUCAAGUUACGUGGGCAGCGUAUUGAGCUGGGAGAGAUUGAACAUGCUGCAUCACGCACGCCAGGCUGUCGCGAUGUUGUUGCAGAAGUGCUCUCCGGCUCCUUGGUUGUCUUCUGCGUUCGCGAGGACAAGACUGUAGACAGAAGUGCGAUUCUCGCAACAUGUCGAAAGUGGCUACCAGCUUUUAUGGUUCCUGCGGACGUUGUGAUGCUGGAGGCUCUACCAUAUCUCGCUUCGGGGAAGUGCGAUCGGAAGGCUCUGCGCGCUCAGUAUGAGGAAAGCCAGACGCCAGAGGGAGACGGUGAGCCUGCAGAUAGUGAGACGACGAAGAGCGCGAUCGAAGUCCUCGGCAAAGUGCUACAGUGCAAGGUCAGCUCUGGGUCUAACUUGGCUGCUCUCGGCCUGGACUCGCUAGCAUCCAUACGUCUGGCCUCGGAAUUGCGCAAAGCUGGGUUCAGGCAGCUUGAUGCGGGAGACAUACUCAGCGCAAGGAAUCCCGUCGAUCUUGAAGCUGUGCUCGAAAAGGUCGAUGAGUCUCAAACGAUAGAACCUCACCUCGAAACCGAGCGUUCUUACAGAAAGGAUCUCGACAACGCCCUAUCAAGCAUGCUGCCGUCAGAGGUCGUGGACGCAAUCGACACGGCAUUCCCUUGCACCCCAGUCCAGUCGGCUAUGUUGGUAGAGACGGACAAAGACCCUCAAGCGUAUUGCAACUGGGUUGAACUCCGCGUUCAUGAUCAAAAUGACUUGACCGUGCUGGUGGAAGCAUUCCGCAAGUUGGCUGAGAUGCACUCUCUACUACGAGCAGGCUUUGUGGCGAUCAAUGGGCUAAAGUACAGCUAUGCCACGGUAGUCUGGAAAGACUUCCUGCCAGAUCAGAUUCAGCAGAUGCAGAAGCUGAAGUACGACUUCCGCCUGGAAAAUCGCCGUGACCUCCAACGCGCCAGCCGCUUUCAAUUUGUGCGGAAAGGUACCAGCUCGCACAUACUACUUCAACUUCACCACGCGCUUUUCGAUCAAUGGGCAAUCGAUAUUCUCAAAUCUGACCUUGUCAGUAUACUAGCAGGCCAGGAGCUGCGCCAGAUCGAGACUUUCCAGGCUGUGUCCAACUACCACAUCAGCAAGGCGGAUGAGGCCCAAUCAGCUUCUGCGAUGGACUUUUGGCAACAGCAUCUUCGGGGCAUGACGCCGACGACUAUACCGCUUAUGAGAGGUCAAGAUGUAUCGAGUAAUCUGCAACGGACCGAGUGGAGGACAUUGUCCUGUCAGUCAUCGAUGGUGAAGAAAAAGGCGAGGGAAUUUGGCUGCAGCAGCCCAGCUAUAUUUCAGAGCGCGCUCGCCAUUGUGCUGGGAAGCUACGUGGGUCUUUCGGACGUCACGUUUGGCUCUGUAUUCUCUGGACGGACUAUCCCGGUUCAAGGGGUUGAUGGCAUCUUUGGACCCUGUUUGGCGACCUUGCCGUUUCGCAUAGACUUCAGCACUGCAAGCACGUGUAAAGACCUGCUCGGUGCGGUGACUGGCCUGAAUCGUGCGAUGCAGGAGCAUGUCUUGACCCCUCCGACGACAAUCAGACAAGCCGCAGGCGCUGCCCCAGGGGUACCGUUGUUCGACACUCUCUUCGUUUGGCAGGAGACUGCAUUUGCGAUCGAUCAGGAAUGUCAUAUUGAGGUCAUCGACUCUCAAGAUCGUCUGGAGUUCAAUCUGGUGCUGGAAUUUGAGCCAACAGGUACCGGCAUCAAAACACGCGCAACAUACCAACGCAAGCUCAUGAGUGCCUCCCAGGCCGACAUUCUCCUCCAGCAGAUUGAUGCCAUUGCCGGCAUGUUACUGGACCAUCCGGAUGACUCGACAGAAGGACUACUCGACCAUCUACAACCAGAACUCCAAUCCGUCUCCAACCCGGAGCCAACCACUUAUGCCAGCUCAUUUGAGCUCACAGAGGUGAUUCAGUCCAGAGCAAAUCAAGACCCUGAAGCUACGGCCAUCCUGUUCGCUGACAGCCUCGACGUAAAGGAGCCCAGAUUCUCCUCGAUGACCUACUCUAAACUGGACGGACGGGCAAACGAGAUGGCGCAUCGCCUUAUCGCCGCAGGUCUCAAGCCAAGCGGGACUGUGUGCAUAUGCAUGGAAAAGUGCAUUGACCUCUACGUCGCAAUGCUCGCGUCUCUCAAGGCCGGUGCUGGGUACCUUCCGCUCGUUCCCGAGACACCGGCUGCAAGAAUCCAAGCUAUUCUUGCACAAGCAGAGGUCUCGGUAUUCGUCUGCAACGAUGACACCAUCGGCAUUUUCGAACCACUGACGAAUCGCCCAAUACUCACCAUCGAUACCAUGAGCCUGGCCAGUAGUCCCGAUACGGAUCCCAAAAUUGCACAGACAGGUUCAAGAAUCGCUUAUCUCGUCUUCACCAGCGGCUCGACGGGCGAGCCCAAGGGUGUAGCUGUUACGAUGGACAACCUCAAAGGCAAUCUUGCGGUGCUCGCUGAGCUGUAUGGCCCACAGCCAGGCGAUCGCCUGUUGCAGUCAUGCUCCCAGGCAUUCGAUGUGAGCGUAUUCGAGAUCUUCUUCGCAUUCUACACCGGAAUGUGCUUGUGCUCCGCUACAAAGGACGUCAUGUACCGGGACUUCGAGCAUAGUAUACGGAGCUUCCAUGCCACCCAUCUGUCUUUGACCCCAACAGUCGCCGCCCUAGUCAACCCAAAGAACGUACCAGAAGUGCAUUUCCUAGUCACAGCGGGCGAAGGCAUAACAGAGAAGGUCCACAGGCUAUGGGCCGGCAAUGGUCUACACCAAGGGUACGGUCCGUCCGAGACCACCAACAUAUGCUCCGUCAAGAUGAACCUAUCGCAAGACGAUGUACUUGGCAACAUCGGACCGCCUUUCAAGAACACAUCCGCUUUCGUGCUUGCGCCAGAAGGGGACUUCCGAAUACUUCCUACCGGCGCGUACGGCGAGUUCGCUUUCGGAGGCGAGCAGGUUUUCAGAGGUUAUGUUGGCAGAGAUGACCUCAACGCAUCGAAGAUCAUCGAUCAUCCAGUCUAUGGGCGAGUGUAUCGCAGCGGUGACAUGGGCCGCAUACUUCCCGAUGGCACUCUUCUGAUCGCAGGCAGACUUGACGAUCAGAUCAAGAUUCGAGGCAACCGUGUUGAGCUGGGCGAGCUCAACUCCAUCGUGUCCGAUCAUCCUGGGGUCCAUGACUGUACUACGAUCGUCCUAGGUGAAGGAAGUAAUGAUCAGACUUUGGCCACAUUCUGGGUCCCCUCGAACAGUAGAAGCUUAGCAGAGGACGCCCUGGUUGUGGAGCCGUCUGGAUCACAGCUCGUGGGCCAAUUGUUUGAUCGACUUGAGGACUCCGUGCCUGCCUACAUGGUCCCUAGUUUCUUGGUGCCACUCAGUCGAUUGCCAAUGACGACGCAAGGGAAGCUAGACAAGCGGUUGCUGAGGAGUACUUUCGAAAAGCUAGAGGGCAGCGCCCGCGAAUCGUUCUCCCGCGCUCAAGAAAACUCGACAGGCGAUGGUCCCGAGACUCCAAUUGAGAGUAGCAUCGGCGAUGCCCUCGCUGGCAUGCUGCAGAUACCACUGGCAAACAUCUCACGGCACUCUUCCUUCUUCGCGCUUGGCCUUAACUCACUAAAUGCUAUCCAGCUUGCACGCUCCCUGGAGAACAGCCUCGGAACUUCACUCAGCGUUACUACCAUUCUGAGACAUUCGAGUGUUGCUCGCCUUGCUCGAACACUCUCUCAGGCUGUAGAUGAUACCGAGGACUCUGUGAUAGACGUUCACGAGGUACUCAAAGGAGAUUUCAUCGAGGAGAUCAGGACGGCGUUCGCUAAGCGCGGCUAUACCAUCGACACAAUCCUACCGUGCACGCCACUACAGCAAGCCAUGCUGUCCGCAAGCGCAACCCAAGAGAAAGGUGCUUACUGCAACAGUACCAAGCUGAACGUUCCUGGUGACCUGCGCAAGCUACAAGACUGCUGGUAUGAGAUGAUGCGUAGACACGCAAUCUUGCGGACAUCCUUCACAGAGACGCCAUUGGCAGCUCAUCCGUAUGCGCAAGUUAUUCUCGAGGACCCACCUUUACCAUGGUACAACAUUCGAGAGCCUGCCAGAUCGCCCGCCAAAAUGAACGGACACGCCAAUGGCCAUGUGAACGGUCACGCAAAUGGCCAUCCUACUGGAACCUUUGGCACACAGUCUGACGUUCCCGCCGUUACGCCUGAGGCGCCAAUCCGAAUCGAUCAAGAUGGCUCGGAUAUCUACCUACACAUGCAUCAUGCCAUCUACGAUGGUAUCUCCGUGUCGAAUCUGUUCGAAGAAAUCCAAUGCUUGUACGACGGGCAGCCUCUGCCGCCUUCAGUGUCAUUUGAGCCCUUCCUGAGCCGAGUUCUUGCUCAGAACGGGCCUGAUGCUGUUGAUUUCUGGUCAUCUCGCAUGAAAGGCUUCCAUCCGCAUCCCCUGCCGAUUCGUGCCGAAGCCGGUCAGCACGACGAAGCCGUAUUCGAGCGUACGAUAGCGCUAGAGCCCACGGAACUGAGCACUUUCAGCGAGAGAUACGCCUGUACCAGCCUCGUUGUCCUUCAAGCUGCUCUGGUCAAAACGUUAGCUUGUCUGCAGAACGUCACGGAUGUCUGCUUUGGCAAUGUGGUCAGCGGCCGAUUGAUGCCUGUACAGAACAUCGACCGUCUUGUGGCGCCAUGCUUCAAUACGAUCCCACUGAGGACCAGACUUGAUUCUAUUCGCACGAACCUGGACCUGAUUCACGAUCUGCAUCGCACCAAUGUGGAGACAUUGAAGUUCCAACUGACGGCGCCGCGCCACAUCCAACCUUUGUCCGCGACUCCUUCAGAGCAUUUGUUUGACUCAGUGUUGUUGGUCCAGCCUCCGCCGUCAGAUGCUGAUCUAUGGGCCGUUGAAGAGGAUGAUAUGGACAUGGGCAUUCCACUGGUGAUCGAGAUCACUCCUCGCAUAAGUCACUUCCAUCUGACAAUGCACUACAUGCCGCAAAAGGUACCCGCUAGUCUUGUUUCAGGGAUUACAGAUGGAUUCAUAGCCGGUCUGAUGUCCUGCCUGAGGUUCCCAUCCAGCCCUGUGGGCCAAUUCCUGGACUUCAACACAGCGCGCAUCGCUAAUAAGCUCCCACCGACAGCUUCCACUACUUCCGCCAACGGAGUGCAGGAAGCCGAUGACAACUCAACUGAGUGGGAUGCCGGCGCCAGUGCUGUACGAAGCAUCUUCGCGAGACUGGCGAACAUUGACCAGACCAAGAUCGGCAAACAGACGUCCUUGUACCAGGUCGGACUGGAUAGUCUUAAUGCAGUGCAGGUAGCAUCUAGGUUGCGUGAGCAAGGGUUCAAGGUAGAUGCCGCCGAUGUCAUGCAGUACCAGUCGCCUGCUGCCUUGGCUUCGUUCUUCCAGUCCAGACAGGUUGACUCGACUCAUGGUUCCGGAUCCAGUGUUGAUCUUGCUGCGUUCGAGCUCACUCACAAGACAAGAAUUGUGGAGAGCCUGGGCCUUGAAAAGGAUCUCCUAGAAGCUGUGCGGCCGUGCACUGCGACACAGAAUGGCAUGCUGGCGCAGUAUCUGCAAUCCCAAGGAGCAUAUUACUUCAACCACAGCACGUAUGCAGUACCGAAGGAAUACAGCUUUGAGGAUAUCAAGAGAGCAUGGUCGGCCGUAGAACAGAAGAAUCAGGUAUUGCGCAUGGGCUUCUGCCAGCUGGACGAUGCUGCCCAACCCUUUGCUAUGCUGAUCUACCAGCCUCAGACUCUCCUCGACAAGGCUUUCAUCCACUGCGAUAAUCAGGAUGACAACGAGGUCGAGCGAUUGGCUAGCAAAGAAGUGUUCAAGGCGUUGCACCUACCUGCUUGGCGUGUAUCUCUGAUCGACUUGCAGCAAGGACGACGAAUGUGUCUUUCCAUACACCAUGCGUUGUACGACGCCAACUCACUGCGCAUCCUGAUGGACGACUUUGCCAGAGCGCUUCACUCCCAGGACCUAGGGCCUGUUGUGGAUAUAGAUAAGGAACUCUCCACACAGCUCGAAGGAGCUCAACAACAGAAAGACGAGCGUGAAAAGUACUGGAAGACCACUUUGCAGUCUGCUCAACUUCUGAAAUUUCCAAGCUUAACACCUGCUAUGAUCAAGGACGCCCGUGCGAGUAGCACACAACUGUGGUCACAGGUCGACUUGGCGAGGCUUGAGCAGUUUUGCAAAGUCGAGGGCGUCACCGUACAAGCUUUAGGACAGACCGUAUGGGCCCUGCUGCUCGCUGCGUAUCUGGGCGAGCCGGCGGUCACGUUCGGCACCGUUUUCUCAGGCUUUGCAAGUCAUGCUGCUAAGCCUGUUGCAUUUCCAACGAUAUCGACGGUGCCUGUGUUCUGCAACACCAGCAAGGUUUCUAGCGAAAUUAUUAGAGACAUGGUCUCGUACAAUGCAGCGGCGCAGCGGCACCGCUUCGCUGCACUGGCCGACAUUCAACGCUACGCUGGGUCUGCUGGUCAAUCGCUUUUCGACACUAUCUUCAUCUAUCAAAAGUCGGCUUCAGGCGGUGAAGACCAUUUCAAUUGGCAGUCCAUCAGCGACUCUCUUGGCAUAGACUACACAGCAUCUAUGGAGAUGGAAGCUCAGUCAUCUGGGAAGCCUUCGUUGCGCUUAACCUACGACACGAAGCACCUUCCGGACGACCAUGCUGUGUUGAUGUUGGAGCAGUACGAUAUGAUCUUGGCAGAGCUCAUCGACAAGAAGCAAGGAAAUCGAGCGAGAGACAACAAGCUCCUGUCUUAUUCAGCACCAAAGGAAGACACGCUACCAUCCCCAGUCAGCCUUCUUCACGAGUUCCUUGAGGUCACUGCUCAGCAAUAUCCGGACAAGCCUGCGCUAGAGUUCAUAUACGACCUCGACAAUGGCCAGAAAGGGCGUAGGCACUGGAACUAUCGAGAAGUCAACCAGAGAGCUAACCAGGUUGCACAUCUGAUCCUGGAACAGGACGUACAGCCAGGAAGCGUCAUAGCCGUGUGCAUGAGCAAAUGUCCGGAAGCAUCUUUUGCUUUCGCUGGUAUCUUGAAAGCAGGAUGUAGCUUCUUGGCUAUGGAUCCCGAGCUUCCCAUCGCUCGUCGCACCUUCAUUGUUGAGGACUCGAAGUCACAAUUACUGUUUGUGGACAGCGGCAAGCGUGACGAUGAAAUAGCUCGGGUUGUGAAGAACAUUGAGCUCACGGAGCAUGUUCUCAAGGACCUGCCUAGCCAUGGUGUCAAGAUACCAAGAGUUGAUCCGAGCGCCACAAGCUACUGCCUGUACACAAGUGGCACUACUGGCACACCGAAAGGAUGUGAACUGACGCAUGAGAAUGCUGUACAGGCCAUGCUCGCUUUCCAAAGACUAUUCGCGGGCCAUUGGACGGAAUCUUCAAGAUGGCUGCAAUUCGCCAGCUACUGGUUCGACGUGUCGAUUCUCGAACAGUUCUGGAGCUGGAGCGUUGCGAUUACCGUCGUGGGUGCUCCUCGAGAUCUUGUCCUGGAGGACAUACCUGGCUUCAUUCGGGAGGCCAACAUCACCCACAUCGAUCUCACGCCAUCUCUCGCACGGCUGGUCAUGCCCGAAGAAGUGCCAAGCCUCCACAAUCACGUCUUCAUCACUGGUGGUGAGGCUCUGAAGCAAGAGAUCAUCGAUAGGUGGGGUCCAUACAAGACGAUUUGCAACGGCUAUGGUCCUACGGAAGCGACUAUUGGCGUCACCAUGAACCGCUUCAUUGGUGAGGAUGCGAAACCUUCGAACAUCGGACUGUGCUUCGACAAUGUUGGCGCCUACGUUUUCAUCCCGGGCUCAGAUGACAUAGUGAUGCGUGGUGCUGUUGGAGAACUUUGUAUCUCUGGCAAGCUUGUGGGCAAGGGCUACCUCAACCGACCUGAUUUGACGGCCAAAGCAUUUCCCUAUCUCAAGCGGCAUGGGGAAACGGUCUAUCGCACUGGUGACUUGGUCCGGCUGCUAGCAGAUGGAUCGGUGUCCUUCAUCGGACGAGCCGACACACAGGCGAAACUUCGAGGGCAAAGACUUGAGAUCGAUGAAAUUGAUGCUGUCAUCAAGGCCUGCUCCGAGCAAGUUCACGAUGUGGCAUCGCUUGUGGUCAAGGCAGAUGGUAAUCGAGAGAUGCUUGUCUCGUUCCCCGUCGAUGCUUCCGCGCGAAGUCGCGACCUUCACUUCGUGAGCUCGACGGACAGUACCAAGCUGGUCCAGGUCGCAGACCGAGCCUGCCGCGAUCACUUGCCAGGAUACAUGGUUCCAACCCAUAUUGUUCCUCUGUCGAAACUGCCCUUGACUGUCAACAACAAGGUCGAUACCAAGCGAUUGGUGGCGCUCUUCUCGAGCUUGACCACACAGGACUUGCAACAGCUGAAGGGAGAGCAAGCGAAUAGUCGAGCACUACGCCCUGCUGAGCAAAAGGUAGCCAAGGUGCUCGGACGCCUGUUAUCGACCAGCACAAGUGAAAUGACGCCGAGCUCGAACAUCUUCUCUCUGGGCUUGUCUUCGGUCUCGGCUAUCAACUUUGCAACGCAACUCAAACGAGCCGGUUUCGAGUCGGCCAAUGUGGCCAAGAUCAUGAAGCACCCCAACAUAGAUCGACUGGCUAAAGCUAUAUCCAGCGAGGAAGCGGAAAGUCAAGAAGAUCGCAAUUCGAUUCGACAGGCACAGCUUGCAAUGACCGCAUUUGCGCAGCAACAUCGUGGGUCAGCUGCACAGACACUGAACGUUCGAGCGUCCGAAGUCGAAGCCUUGGCGCCUUGUACACCUCUACAGGGAGGUCUCUUGAUUGAGUCUUUGAAGAGUUCGAAGAGACCUUACUUCAACCACUUCUGGUACGAUGUCACGGCAUUGGACAAGGAAAGACUAGAAGCUGCUGUACAGAAGCUCAUCUCCUCUAUACCUAUUCUGCGUACCGCCUUUGUGCGUACAGAUGAGGGCUUCGCUCAAGUCGUGCUUCGUGAGCGCAAAGAUCUGCUAGAGAGCAUCACGACCGACGGCAAUGACAUCGAAGCCUUGCUCGGGAAACAGAAGGCACACUGGGCAAAAGAAGCCGAUGACGAUGUGUCACGGCCACUGGAAGUUCUGCUUGUCUCCUCGUCAACACGGACCGUGAUGUCCAUGCACGCCCACCAUGCUACAUACGACGGCAUCUCAUGGGAUCUGACCAUGCAACGGCUUGCACAGCUUUAUGAAACUAGCGACCCUAUUGAGUGUGGGCCGAACCUCUUUGAUGUGCUUCCUUAUGGUCCUCUGUGCCAUCGCCAAGACGCGAGCGUGUUCUGGCGGGAUCGACUGGGCAAUGUGCCUUUCGUUCCACUCAGAAGCAACGCAAAGGGUUCAAAUUCGGGAUCACUCUCUCUCCAGGCGCAAGUGCCGAACAGUGACGGCCUCGAGAAGCUACGAAGAAAACUGGGAGUGUCCCACCAAGCUCUCCUGCAGGCGGCAUUCUGUGUUGCUGUGCAUCAAUUCUCGCCGCAAACGCAAACAUAUGGCGUCGUGCUCUCCGGCCGAUCUAUCGCUUACGACGAUGCAGGCACAGUCAUAGGGCCCAUGUUCAACACUCUGCCAUAUACCUUGAGCCUCCAAGCGUCGCAGACUUGGACUCAGUAUCUCCAGCGCGGCCACCAGACAAAUGCUGAGACUCUUCCUUUCCAGCACACUCCGCUUCGGGAGAUCAGAAAGGCCUGCAGUCGCGAUCCUUCAGAUCCCAUGUUCGACGUGCUCUUCGUGUUUCAACGUCCUGAGGCUGACGAGACUUCCGCGGACGCUCUGUUCAAGCCGAUGGAAACUUUCAUACCCGCAGAAUACCCUCUGGCUGUCGAAGUAGAACUCCACAACUCCGGCGAGAUAUCUAUCACUGUCGAUGCUCAGCAUGAGUGUGCAGAGGAUGCAGAUCUGCAGGAGAUCAUCGACUCGUUCCAGAGGGCACUUGACGCAAUCAGUCAGAGCCCAGACCAGGCCAUCUCAGCCUCCUUCGCUGUUGUUGAAAACGAGACUCCGCCUCCCGAGCAGAACCGGUCGAGGCGCGACCUUGAACAGCUUGAUGGUGUUGUGGACUUCGAUUGGACUGACAAUGCGAAGUUGUUGCGAGACGCCAUUGCCCAAGUCGCUGGAUGUAGCAGCGAUGAUGUGACCGAACACUCAGCCAUCUUUACCCUUGGACUGGACAGUAUCGACGUCGUGAAACUCGCAUCGCGCCUCAAACGAGCUGGCAUAUCUGUACCCGUUAGCAAGAUUCUCCAAGCUCAGACCAUCCCUAGAAUCCUGGACUCAGUGCAGGACACCAGCCAGAGUGCUGCACAGGCGUCAUCUGUGAGCCAGCUCGCGGCCCUGGAAGACAGAUUGCAGGCAAUGCGCAAGGGCUGGAGCUCCGAUUUCGUGGCCAGCGUCGAACGCGUAUUGCCUGCUGCACCUGGACAAGAAGCCUUGAUCGCGGACAUGAUCAAGUCAGAUUUCAAGGACUACUACAACUUCGACGUGCUGCGCCUACAUGAUGACGUGGACAUGGAGCGCCUGAAGUCCGCUUGGCAGACAGUCGUAGAUGCUUCUGCGAUUUUGCGGACCACUUUCGUCGAGGUCGCCGAUCCCGACAUCGAUGUCGUCUUCGCACAGGUAGUACACAAAUCGACACCACUGCGUUUUGCAGAGUCUUCUGCAUCAGAUGUCGACGAGCUCGGUGCCAAGAUCGAAGAGAUUAGAGAAGACGUCCGAAGCUCUCACGCGAGGUCAUCUCCAACACGUCUCAGCAUUGUGAGAGUCGGUCGUGACCAGUAUUUGAUACUGUCGCUGGCCCACGCGCAAUACGAUGGUCACAGCCUUGCGCUACUGCAUCUGGAUGUCGCAAAUGCCUAUCAGGGUACUUUCGAACCGAGACCUCUAUAUGAUGAAACGAUCGACCUAGCUCUCAGCGCCAUCAAUGACAACGCGCUAGACUUCUGGCGGAGUACCCUGACGGGUGCCAAGAUCACUCGGUUCAGCAACGCUCAGGAUGAUGCCAAUACCGCCACUCACUAUCGAGACCGCACCUCAUCAACAUCUGGCUCUGCAGCCCGUGCCAUCUGCAAGAGACUUGGCGUGUCUGUUCAAGCUCUCAUGCAGACUGCUUGGUCGCUACUGCUGGCCCACUAUACUCAGGAGUUUGAAAUUCUUUAUGGGCUCGUAUUGAGCUGUAGAGACAGUGAGCACGCCCAGGAAGUCUUAUUCCCGACCAUGAACACGGUCCCGAUGCGAGCCACGCUCCACGGGACUGGUGUAGACAUGCUGCGCUCCGUGCAGGCAACAAUCAACGAUGUGCGCCAAUAUCAAAGAACGCCGCUACGAGCUAUCCAGGCCGCAUGCUCCAAGGUGAUCGACACAUCUGGAUCACUAUCGCACGGCGGUCUGUUCGAUACUUUGUUCAUCUAUCAGCAUCACGAGCAACAUGGAAAUGAGCAGGACUCUAAGCUCUACGAGUCGGUAGAUGGAAGCUCGAGCAUCGAGUAUCCUAUUGCUGUAGAGGCCGAAGUGGUUGAGGAUGAGAUCAUGAUCCGCGCAUCAUGUAAAGAACAAGCGCUCGAUCAACGUGCGACUGAAGGUCUGCUCAAAAAGUUCGAUCACGUCCUAGACUUCCUGGUCAGCUCUGCGGAGAAGCCACUGAUGGACUUCCAGCCCGGCCGCGUUUCGAUUUGUGGGCUGCCCUCUUUCCCCAUGCGUGACGAAUCCUUGUCGCGCCAGACCACCAAUGUCACCAUUCAUGACGCUGAAGAAGACGAAGAGGAAACAGAUUCUCCACAGCUGGCUUCUAUACGCGCGGCGAUGGCCCGGGUGGCCAAAGUGCCAGAAGGCGAGGUGACAUCGCACUCCAGUAUCGAUUCGCUCGGGAUUGACUCGAUAUCUGCCAUCAAGGUAGCGGCGCUGUUACGAAAGCAGUCAGUCAAGCUAUCAGUCAGCGAGAUGCUCAAAGCCCAGACACCGCUUCGCAUGGCGCGAUCAGUACAAAGUGCUUCAGCAAACCCUCGCCCCAACGGUGUCACAUCGAAGGAAGUCAUCUCCACUGCUUUAGGCGGUAUUGAUCGCCAGCAUGUCGCAAAAGCUGCUGGAAUUGAGAUGGAAGAUAUUGAAAUGAUCAUGCCUGCCACUGCCGGACAAGUCUACAUGCUGUCGAUGUGGCAGAAGACUGGAGGCGAGCUGUUUUGUCCGACAUUCAGCUACCAUCUCAAGGGCAAGAGCUCAACCACUGAUGUCAAACGAGCUUGGCAUCAAGUUGUCCGAAGCAACUCAAUCCUGAGGACAGUCUUUGUGCAGCCACCUGGCGGGCAAGACUUAUUGCAGCUCGUCUUGACUGAGCCCGCGAACAGCUUUUCGGUCGGCAGCGGUGAGCCCAAGCUUGACUCGCAACCUCUGGUCGCACUGAGAAUGGAGCCUGGCGAAGGCGCUACCUUGCUCAGGCUCAAGAUUCAACACGCUUUGUAUGAUGCUGUAUCUCUUCCUCUGCUGAUACACGAUUUGCAAGCCGCUCUCAAUGGCCAGCGAUCCGCGAUGCCCAGCAUCAAUUUCACGGACUUUGUGGCACAGGCUGUGAGUGCUGAUGUCCGAAGAGCACGCGAAGACUUCUGGACUCGUUACCUUGCAAAUGUUACGGCCCUGAAACUGCACAAGCCACGACCUAAAGGCAGCAGGAAAGUGCAAGUCUUUCAACCUUCAGUCUUCACUUCCUGUGACCAACUGCGGCAAAAAGCCAGGUCUGCUCAGGUCACAGUGCAAGGCUUGUUGUUCGCAAUGUACGCAAAGAUAUACGCAUUGCACGCCGAUGGCUCUGUUCCUGCAGAAGAUGUCGUCUUUGGAGUGUACCUUGCCAAUCGGUCGCAGCUGGCCGAGCUCGAUAGACUGCCAGCGCCAACUCUUCACCUAGUGCCAAUUCGGGUAGGAUCGCCACGCAAGAAGAAUCUCUUUGCUUUAGCCAAUGACAUCGACAAUGACCUUCGAGACAUUGGCAAGGCGGACAAUGCGACAGCGUCACUCGAAGAAAUAAGGCGAUGGACUGGCGUCAAAGUGGAUAGCUUUGUGAACUUCUUGAACCUGCCGGACGCUGACGAAGAAGAGACGGACAAGUCAACAGAUACUAUUGACAUUACACAAGCAGAUGACGAAUGGUCUUCAGAAGUGAGUCGUGUGGUGGAACGUCCAGCGACUUCUGGAAGUGCGCCGGAGUCUCUGCGCAACUUUGCUGUCAGUGAUGCUUAUCAGCAUGCGGUUGAUGUCGAGAUAUCGAUGGACAACCACCGACUCGGUGUUGGCUUCUUCUGCUUGGAAGACAUCUUCAGCCUGAAUGAAGCUCGAACAACAAUCGAGGAGAUCAAGGAACAGCUCAAUGGGCUCGUGCAUGACAUGUAG